AUGGCGUACGAGAAUGAUAUGAAUCUGAAGGCAACUGAGUUGAGAUUAGGGUUACCGGGAACAACCGAUGAAUCUCAGAUUAAAGAGUCUUCUUUUUUAAAGAGUAAUAACAAGAGAUCUUCAGAUGAGAUGGAUAAUUCAGCUAAUGAAGAUGAAUGUUCCCCUGCUCCAAAGGCACAAGUUGUAGGGUGGCCGCCGGUGAGAUCUUACCGGAAAAAUAUUCUACAGCAACAUAAGAAGAAUUCCGAUUCCGACGUGCUUGGGAUGUAUGUGAAAGUGAGUAUGGAUGGAGCUCCUUAUUUAAGGAAGAUUGAUAUUAAGAACGUUUUGUACGCAGUUUUCAAAUUCUCUAUGGGUGUGUACUCAGAGAGAGAAGGGUACAAUGGAUCUGAAUAUGCACCAACUUAUGAAGACAAAGAUGGGGAUUGGAUGUUAGUGGGAGAUGUUCCAUGGGAUAUGUUUGUUACUUCUUGCAAAAGGCUUAGAAUAAUGAAAGGAUCUGAAGUUAAAGGACUUGGAUGCUUGUAA